AUGAGCGUAAAGAAGUUCAUAGCUCUCACGUUUAUAUUUGCUUUAGUCGGGGUUGAAGCCCAAUAUUAUGGUAGAAUGCACAAUCUAAAUAACGUACACAAAGAUCCAUACAUUUGUACGUGCGAAGAUCUAUUAUCACUUAUAAGUCUAUCACGAUCUUUGGAGGAAAAGGAGAAAAUUCCCACAGACUCGAGCCAUCAUACUCCGUAUCCAAGUAACUUUGAAGAACUAAUUAUGAAAUUAGUAAAUGCUUUAGUGUAUAUUACAACACAGGCAGCUCAGAACAAAUGUUAUUGCUCUCACUCUUCUUCUCCAGAUUAUCCUCCUAGUCAUGGUAGUCAUGGAAAAACAGGUUCGCCAACAAUGUCGCACAAACCAGUUGACUCUAAAUCAGAUAGCGGAUUAAUUGAUAUCGAUAUUCUUAAUCCAGACAAAAAAGAUAAUGUUUUGGAUGUUGAUGUUGGCAGAACACAACUUUUGGGUAUCGGGUUAGGAGGAAGAGACAGUACCACUCAAGGUGGAGCGUCAAAGGGUGGCUACUACGAUUCAUCGAAUUCUGGAGGAGGUAUCAAUUUGGAUCUCCUAAAUGCAAAUAAAAAAAAUAAUGUAGCUGAUCUGGAUAUAGGGAAGCAAAAUGUUUUGGGUAUAGGUUUAGGAGGAGGAGGUAAAGAU